AUGUUUGAAUCAUUACUUGAAAAAGUAUUGAAUUCUGUAUUAGGUUAAUUUAUUGAAGGAUUUGAUGCCUAAAAUCUCCAUAUAGGUAUUUGGAGUGGAGAAGUGACCAUAUCAAAUGUUUCAUUAAAGGCUGACAUCAUAAAAAUGUUAGAAUUACCUCUAAGACUUUGCUUUAGUCAUAUUGGUAAAUUAAAACUUAAUGUAAAUUCUAAUAUAAGUCAUGUAUAGGUUCCAUGGAAGUCAUUAACCAGUUCCCCAGUCGAGAUAAUGUUAUCAGAUUUGUACAUUAUUAUAUCAGCUGAUCAUCCUGAUUUAUGGCAAUAUAUCAAUUAUGCUGGUUUUAAAAAGAAAAUGGAAAUCUUAGAAAAAUUUAAAGAAUCUAUCAUUUAAAAUAUCAAUGAUAAAUCUAAAUAAAAAGAUGAUAAGGAAGAUGGAUAUGUCAAGAAACUUAUAUUGAAGAUUAUUGAUAAUUUAUAAUUAAGCAUUUCAAACAUCCAUAUACGAUUUGAAGAUACUAUUAGGAAUGAGUUUGCUUGGGGAUUCUCAAUUAAAACAAUAGAAACCUUUACAUGCAAUUCUGAUUGGAAAAAAUAAUAUUUUGAUCGAAACAAAGAAGAAAAUGUAUAUAUAUCUUAAUUAAAAUUAUUAGAAAAAAGUUCCAUUAUAAAAAUUAUUAACUUUGGCAAAUAUAGGAGCCUAUUGGAAUUAAUAAGAAAGAAGGUUUUUGAAUUCAUAAGAAAAAGAAGUAAUUUUAAAAGAGAUGGAAGAGAUGAUAAUCAAUACUCCGGAUCCUAAAUCUCAUCCAAAAUAUGGUCAAUUUAUAUUAUUAUUAAAUGCAUAAGGUAGAUUAUAUUAGAAUACUUCUGGAAAGUUUGAUUCUCCUGAGUUUUGUCUAUCUAUUGAAUUGAGUGCGAUUGACAUAGCUUUAGAAAAUUUAUAACUGUAAUAAAUAAUAAGGAUGGCUGAAUUAUUUUCAUUGUAUCAAAAUAGAUUAAAUAAAUAGAAGAAAUAAAAGUUAUUAUUAUCUAAUCAAUAAAUAGAGGAAUAAAAAUUAUUAUUUAUAAGUUUAUAUGAAAAAAUACUAAGAAGUCCAGAUUAAAGUAUAAAAGCUUUAACAAAGGAUGAAAAUGAAUUAUUUGAAUAAUCAGUAAGUAAUUUGAGCAUAGAAGUAUUAUGUGAGGCAGCAAAGGAAAUAAUAAAGGUGGUUUAAAAGGAGUUAGCUAUAAAGGAAGCAGAAGAAAAGAAAAAGAAGUCUGGAGGAUGGUUUAGUUGGGGAAAGAAAAAAGAAUCAGAUUUACUUGAACAAAAAGAGAAAGAUGAUUUAAGUUCAUUUAUUGAUUAAUUGGCAGACUUUUAAGAUAUUAAAGAUGUUAGAAGACCUUUAGAUUAUGUUUGGUUAUCUGUUCUAUUUUCUUUAAAAACUGGAUCAGUUCAUAUUCUAAAAUAAUUUGAUACUAAAAGAGAAGGUAUAUAAUUGACUUAUUGUGGAUUUGAUGGAAGUUUCGAAAUGAAGGAUAGUGGAAUGGUAAUGAAAUUAGGUUUAUAAUUUAUUGGAAUAGAUAUAGUUACUGAACCAAUUUAGAAUGGAAUAGUAAUGUUUAGUGAAUAAAAGAGAAUAGCAUUUUUGGAAUAAAUAAACAAUUAAAAAUUUAUAGAUUUUGUUUUUGAGACAAAUCCACCUCAUCAUAAAGGAGUUGAUAAAUAUAUUAAAUUAUAAACAGGAGCAUUAAAAUUAAUAUUCAAUCCGAUAGUAAUGGUUAGAAUAAAUUAAUUUACAGAUUUUUAAGUUAAAGAUGAAACAUUAAAAAAUGCUGCUUGGGAUUAAAUGGAAAUAGCUUAAGAUUUGGCAGCUUAAUAGAUGGCCUAAUCUUAAUUAUCACCAUCAAUUUUAUUUAUUGAUGUGAAAAUUAAAUCAACAAUAGUUUUAGUACCGAUUCCAAAUUCAUAAGAAAAUUGGUUACUUAAUAUAGGUGAUUUAUCUAUAAUAACACCAAAAAUAGAUGAAUUACAUUAUGAUAAUUUUGAGAUCUCAUUAUAAGAUUUUACAUUCAAACAUUACAAUUCAAUUAAUGAAUGUCAUCAAUCAAUAAAUAGAGGAGUAUUUUUGGAAAAUAUAGAUGAAUCUUACAGUAUAAUUUAAAAUAUAAGAGUAAUAAUAAGAGCUUAAAUUUUAAGAGGUAGUUCAAAACCUCCAAAAGAAUUAGCUUAGAUAAUAAUAGAUGGAGAAUUACCUUAAUUAGAUGUUUUUGUAAAUCCAAAUAUAUAUACAAGAAUCUUAAAAAUUGGAGAAUGUUUUGCUGAACCUAAAAAAGAAUAAGAAGAAAUAUUUAGGAAAUAAACAAAAUUAUCAAUAGAAAAUGUAUAAACUGAAAGAACAGCACUUAUGGAAUCAGCUACAAAAGUAGGUAAGAUUUGGAAGAGAGGUUAAUUAUUAACAUGGAGUUGUUAUACAGGAGUAUUGAGUGGUGGUUACAUUUAUUUAUUUGCUAAACCUAAAGAUUAAUAACCAGAAUCACAUUUCUGGAUUAGAAAUAGUGAUUUUAUAGAUGUUACUUAAGAAGAAGCAGGAAUGAAUUAUGCAUUUUAUAUUAAAAAUAAGUAUGGUGAUACACUUGUUGCUUUUGAUAAACCUAAAAUGGUUAAUGAUUGGAAAGAUGCAAUUGAAUAAUUAAGAACUAUGCCAAGAGUAGAAAAAAACAAAGAUCGAGAAGAUACUGAAAAAACUUAAAGUGAUAAAAUUAAAGAAAGUAGACCACUCAAUUUUAAAUUUGCUUUAAAAGGAUUUGGUGCUCAUAUUUAAGAUGAAAAAAAAUAAGAUUGGCUUAAAGUAAUUAUUAGUGGAUUGAAUGCUGGUGCAAAUUUAUCAAAUGGAUCUAUCAAUUUAGAUUUAAAAUUAAGGGAUUUAUAUGUUACUGACUCUGUUUAAAUAUAUAUGAAUCCAUUACUUUAGUAUAUUGUUAAAUCUGAUCCUGAUCCAGAAUCAAAUGAACUUAUUAACAUCAAUGUUUAAUAAAUUGGCAAAACAGACUAAAGAUAUAAUAAAAGAAAUCUAAUUGUUGCUGUUACAUUUGGUUCUUUAUCAGUAAUUGCUAAACCAUUAAUAGUUGCUAAAUUACUUAUUUUUAUUUCACCUCCUUAAAAUUAAGUUGAUGAUAUGUAAAUUAUUUAAGGCAAAGACAAUCAGAAAUUGUUAUAGGAUCAAGCCAAAAAAGAACUAGAAAAUAAUUCUUAAUAAUAGAAUAUCAAUUUUGAUAAUAUGCAAGAUAUUAUUUUAAUGGAUGUUAAUGUUAAAAUCAGAAGUAUUAAUGCAAUUUUGGUUCAUAGAUUUACUACUUUACCUUUAGCUGAAAUUAAAAUUCAAAAUACUGAAAUUGGAUUAAUCAAAUAUGUUGAUGAAAUGUAAUUAAAUGGAUCUUUAGGUAAUUUAUAACUCUUUGAUCUUACGAACUAUCCUAAUACAUUAUCAAAAGAAUCAGAAUAUAAAUUAAUCAAUCCUAAAUAAAUGAUUGGAGUUAAACAUCAACAAUAAUCCUUAUUAAAAGUUAAACUAAAUUUAUUUACUGAAGGAUCCAAAAAAAUUGUUAAUAAUGUUAAUAUUAUUAUCAAUGUAGAUAUGAGUUAAAUAAUUAUUCAUGUCAUGAUGCAACCAGUUUUAAGAUUACUUGAUUUCACUCUAUAAUAAUUACUAUUUGCCUUAUCUAAUCCUAAAUAAACCAUAAAUCCAAUUGUAAAAUAAUAAGAAAUCUAAUUAGAAUAAGAAAUUGAAAUAUAUCAACAAUAGAAAAAAUAAGAAAAAAAAGCUUAAACAAUUUUAUUAUCGGAUGAUGAAACUAUUUAUUUGACAAAACAAUUAUAAAAUCCUCCAGCUAUGCAAUUAAAUGUUGUAAUCAAUAAUCCUUAAGUGAUUUUAAAACCUCAUUAAGAAAGUGAUUCUGCAAUGGUUAUUGAUCUUGGAACAAUUAUUGUAUCAAAUAAACGUAGUCAAGUAACAAAUAGGGUUAUUAAAUAAGAAUAAUAAUUAGAUUCGGUUUGGGUGGAUAUUUUUAUUUUAAAUAUGAAAGAUAUCUAAUUAUAUCAAUAAAAAGGAUAAAAUAAAAGAGAAUUCAGUUUACCAUUUGAUUUCAAUAUUAGUGUUGAAAUAUUUGGAAUGUUUUAACAAUAUUAAUUAUUCUAUCCAAAGAUUAAAUUUGAUGAAUAAUUAAAAAUUAAUUGUUUUAUUGCUCCUAUGAUAUUGCAAAUGACUCAUUCAGAUUACAUGUUUUUAAUGAAAUGCUUAUUUCAUAAUAUUGCAUAUGAUGAUGGAUUUGAUAAUAUGAUUAGAAAUAGUCAUCCACAAUAUUUUGAGGCAUUCUUUUAAUAAUAAAAAUAGUAAGAAUUAAAGCUUAAAGAAAUGCUUCUAAUUUAAAAUGAUUAACCGUAAUUGUCCUUUUAAUUAGAUAUGGAAAAUUUAAGUUUAUUUUUAUUAAAAGAUAUAUAACCUAAACCAACUCCUUUUCUAAGAAUGAAUUUAAUAAUGAUGAGAGUAUCAUUUUAAAAAUGUAAUAAUGGUUCUGCAAAAGUAGGACUUCUAAUAAGAGACAUGGAAGGUUCUAAUUUUCAAUAAACAAAGUAAGGUGAAUUUAAUGAAUUACCUUUUAUUGGUAGUAUGAAUUUUUAAUAAACAUAUACAUAUGAUUAAGUUACGAACUUAAAUGGUUUAGUAAGAGGAAGAUAAGCAACUUUGAGUAAUGCAAAUCAGAUUUUAAAUUUAGCCUCUCGCGGAAUGUUAAGUUAAUAAUAAUAAAGAUAAUUAAUCUUUAAAUUUGAAGAUGCCUACUAACAAAUUGAAGAAAAUCCUUAGUAUAAAUUAGCAUUUAAUAUGUAAAUGCAAAUGACUGGAGAUAAAAAUAUCAAUAUUGAAUUAUAUGACUUUAAAUUACAAAUACAUGCUGGUCCUCUUUUUGAUGUUUUGGCAUUAAUUGCAAUGGAUGAUCCUGAUCUAACACCAAGUCCUGGAAAAUACGUAAUUAUAUAACAAUAAAUUUAAUAAAAUACCUAACAAUAAUUAGAAUAAAUUUAAGUACCUUAAAAUACUCAACAAGGCUCUUUAUAAAUUAAUAUAAACUUAAGAAAUGUUAUUACUUGUAUACCAACCUAAAUAGAAUAGAAUGUGCUAACAGUUAGAGGAAAAUUUGAUAUUUUUAUGAAAAUGAAUCCUCAAAAAUCAGUUAAAGAAAUUGAAAAGGAAAUUAAAUAAAAUAAUAUUCCUGAAUCUGAUUGGCGUAAAUUAAAUGAAACAAUGAAAAUUGAAGCUAAGUUAGAAAAAUUGGAGAUCUUUUUAUGCAAAAGCUAUGAUUUAACUAAAAAAGAUGACUUUAAUUAAGUGAAGAAGAGAGAAAUAUUAAAUCCUAUUAAUUUAGAAGUUAUUCUUAUUAAAUCUUCUGUGAUAUUAUAGAAUUUUUAAGGGUUUGCUGAAUGGACUUAUUUGAAUGGAGGGAUUAGUCCCAUAAAUUUAAAAGUAUCUUUCUAAGAUCUUUUUACAAUAAAGGAAGGAUUAAAUUAUUAAUUAAGCUAAAUACCUAAAUAGCCUGAAUAAUAAUAAUAAUAGAUAAAUUAAGAUAAGAAAAAUAAUGAAAUUUCUUAAUUAGAUGCUUCUCAUUUGAAUAAAAUGUAAUUGAUUACAGUGAAAAUAGACUUAGAAAUUGAGAAGAUUAAAAUUAUUGUUUUAAAUGAUAUGGGAAAUUGUUAUUCACCAUUAUUUGAUUAUGAGAUGGAUGCAUUAAAAGUUACUUUAGACCAAAAUAAUUUAUAUCUUAAACUUAGUAUUACCUUACCUUUUAAAUUAAGUAAUUUUAAUCCAUUAUGUUCAAAAUGGGAACCAAUCAUAGAAAAUACGGGAUUUUAAAUUGAAAUAUUUUAAAGUUAAUUAUAAGGUUUAGGAGGAGAAGUAAGUAAUUUGAUAACAAUUGAAUAAAUGAAAGAAUUUGAUAAUUUUAAUUUGACUCUUUCUACAAUAUGCAUUUAAACAAUAUUAAGAACAUUAAAGAUAAUGGAAAAGAUAUUUAAUAAAUAGAUAAAUGAAAUAUCUUAAAAUCCUUAAAAGUCUUUUGCUACUGAUGAAGAUUCAUCUCAUUCUGAUGACAAUAUAAUUUAAGCAUCUCCUUAUGCGAUAAGGAAUUUAACUGGUUACCCUUUAGUUGUUGAAUUUAUUGAUAAUCAAAAAUUACCUUCUCUUAAUAUCCAUAUAAAUUAAUAAUAAAAUUUAAUUUUUGAUAAUGAAUUACAAGUAGCUGGCAAUGGAUAAAGAAGAGUGAAUGUAACCAUAAAGGUAGAUAAAUAGCCUUUUUUUAUAAAUCAAAUAGAUUUGGAUAAAAGUUUAAAUAGAUUUUAUGAGCAAGAUAAAUUAUAAGUUUAGGCAAAAGUAUAAGUAGAUUAGGUUUCUAAUUAAAAAAUAUUAAGUUUAAUUGCACCUGUUAUUAUAACUAAUAAAACUAAUAAGCAAAUCAUGGUAUAAAUUAGUGAUGAAAAACAUUAAUAGACGAUCAAAUUAAAUCCAAAAAAAAUAGAUUCAGAAAUAAAUUAUUUGGCUCCUGUUCCUCUAGGAUUUGUGAAUCCAAAAAUAUCUAUUAGAUUUAGUGAAUGUUUAGAGUAUACUUAAGAAGUCUUUGUUGAGAGUUUAUUAAAAUUUUAGGAUAAAAAAUAUGAAAUAGAAACAAGAGAUGGACAAUUUAUUAUAGUAAAGAUAAAUAAAGAUUCAAAUCUUUAAGGAAAAUUUGAUAUUUAAUUAUAAACACCCUUUAAAAUUAAUAAUUCAUUGCCAGUAGAUAUUUAUGUGUAAAUGAUGAACUAAAAUAAAGAAACAACAUUUACUAAAAAGAUAAGUUAGUAGUAAACAAUUGAAGAUUAUUAACAUGGACAUUAAAAAUGCAGUUAUCUAAGAAUAUAUAUAGAAGGAUAUUAUUGGUCUGAUGAGUUUAAGUUAUUCGCUGCAGAUGAGAUGUAGUAAAAAAAUGAUGACUGUCUAUCUUAUAUAACUAUUAAUGAUUCCAAUAAUAACCCUAUAACAUUAUUAAUAUUUGAAUCAUAAAAAUAAUAAGAAGGUUCUUCAUCAACUAGAGAAUAUGUAAUCCAUUGUUCUGGUUACAUUAUUAAUAAUUCAGGAAUCCAAUUAUAAUAUUAUGCAAGCAAUAAUAAAAAUAAUUUAACCCAAUUAGGAGGAAUGGAAUCCAUAAAUACAGGAGAUCCUUUAAAUAGAUAAAUUGUUCUUUUGGGAAGAGAAUCUGGUAACAUUUUAUAAUUGAGUCAUAAUUCAUCAAAAUCAAAAAUAUCAUAAUUCCCAAUACAGAUUUCAACAAUAGGAGAACCUGAAAUUGAUGUAAUUAUUGCUAAUGAAGAAGACUCAAAUUAACUUUUAUAAACAUUCUUAGGUGCUAAGAUAUAAAUUACAAGAUGUAACAAGAAGUAUACAUUGUUUAAUAAAAUAAUUACAUUUGAACCAAGAUUCAUCAUUGUUAAUAAUUGUAACUAAGAAAUUGUAAUUUCUUAAGAUGAAGAUUCAUAUUUACAAACUGUUCCUUCUAAUUAAAGAAUAAUAUUUUAAACACUUUAUAAUUCUAAAUAAAAAGUUAGAAAUCCUUUUCAAUUUAUUAAUAUGAAUUUAAAUAACAAUAAUUAUUAAUAAAGUAGUAGGUUAAAUAUUAGUGCAGUUGGUAUAGUUUAUUAUUAAUUAAGAAAUAAGGAUAAACCUUAAGAAAAAUUAUUUUUCAGUUGUGAUAUACGUUAAGAAGAAUGCAGUCUUUAUAUUAUAUUCAAUUAAUUAAACUAGGAUUAAGCACCAUAUAAAAUAGAGUUGUCAGAUUAAAAUUUAGAAUUAGAAAUCUAAGAGUUAUAAGUGAUGUUGAAUCCAGAUAAUUAAGUAACAUAUUUUGCUUGGGAUGAUCCACUCAGACUAUAAAAAUUUUUGAGUAUUGAACUUAGAAUUAGAGAUGAUCCACUGAGUGAAUACAAACCAUUUAAAUAUGACUUAUAUCCAGAUUAUAUAGGUCUCCUUGAGGUUCAUAUAUUUAAACCCAAAAAAGGAUCUAAAUCACCAUUUAUAUAUGUUGCAUUAUCAAUACUUCCAAAAGGAUGCUAAAAGUAAAUUUAAAUUAUGCUUGCUACUUAAGAAUAAAUCAAGAUGGCAAAAGCUAAACCAAAGUAAGAUUUCCUAAAGCAAUUAAAAUAAAAAAAUAAUGUAGAUAUUGAUGAUGAAGAUGAAUCAAGAGCUUAGUCAGUUUCUUUAUAAAGAUAAUCUACUAUUGAUGAUAGUGAUAAAAUUGAAAAAAGGAUUAAUUUAAAAUUAAAUUCAUUUUCUUUAUCUUUAGUACAUAAUUCAGAUGUAAAGAAAAGACCUGCAGAAUUCUUCCAUUUUAUAUGUUCAAAUAUAGAAUUUGUAGCUAUUUCAACUGUUUUAAAUUAGGUUUUGUAGUUGAGAGUAUAAUACAUUAAUUUUGAUCAUAAUGCUGAAUUUUUUGUUUAAUUCCCAGUUGUAAUUACUCCAUAAAAAUAUGCAUAGUAUCAUGUUAUGCCUAAAUAAUAAUAAUAAUAACAAAAAUAAUAAUUAUAAUAAUAAUAAUAAAUUGAUAAAUAUUUCUUUAAUGUAAUGAUAAUUAAAGAUAAAAGAGUAUCUGACAUUCAAUUAUUUCAAAACAUUACUUUUGAAUUAGACCCAUUUGAAAUUAGAGUAGAGUAAUUGUUUAUAAUUAAUUUGCUCGAAUUUUAUUAGGCAAUAACUUCUUUUUAAGGACAAAUAUAUGAAUUAGAGAAAAAUUAAUCAGGAAGUUUUAUAGCAGAAAAAUAAAUCGAAAUGUUGAAAUAACAUGAAGAAGAAAAAGAGAUGGAUUACAAUAAUCAGCAUAAUUUACAAUCAUUCAUAGAAUUUAACUAAGAAUGGAAGACUAGAAAAUUACCUGAUGCUCAAUUACCCACAUAUAUUAGCGAGAUUAUAAUAUCUCCAAUCUAAUUAAACCUUACAGUUUAGAUGUCUGGAAAAGGAGACUUGAAAAUGGGUAAUCUAGCUAUAUUUGCUUCGGUUGCUUAAGCAAUAGGAGUAGUACUAUCUGAUAUCAGUGAAGCUCCUAUUUUCUUUUAAGGAUGGAAAAUAGAAAAUUGUUUUGACACUGGUUCUGGAAUUCUGAAUAAAAUGAUGCAAUUUUAUAAGUAGGAAGGAAUCAAAUAAAUAGGAUCUGUUAUUGGAAGUCUUUCAAUUAUUGGAAAUCCUAUUGGAUUAUUAAACAAUAUUUCUACAGGUUUCAAAGAUUUGGUUGAUAAGCCGGCAGCUGGUUUGACUUAAGGACCUUUAGAAGCUGGAUUAGGAUUAGCUUAAGGAGCUACAUCAUUAGUAUCACACACGAUAGCAGGAGCAUUUAACUCAGUUAAUAAAAUUACAGGUAGUGUUGGAAGUGGUCUUGCUAAUUUAACAAUGGAUGAAGAUUAUUUAAGAAAAAGAGAGAAAUAAAAAAUGCAUAAACCAAAACAUUUAGGCGAAGGUCUUGGCUAAGGAGCUAAAUCAAUAGCUACAGGAAUUUAUGAUGGAAUAACUGGAGUUUUCUUAAAACCUAUAAAAGGAGCCAAAGAAAAUGGUAUUAAAGGAGUAUUUACGGGAACUGCUUAAGGACUAGCUGGAUUAAUCAUAAAACCAAUAACUGGAGUGUUAGAUGGAAUGUCUUAAACAGCUGCUGGUAUUUAAAAUACAGUCUCAUAUUUUGAUGAUAAACCAAAUAACCAUAGAGCUAGGAAUAUUAGACCUGUUUAUGGAUUAGAAGGUUAUUUAGAUGAUUUUAACCCUAUUGAUGCAGAAGGUUUCGCAAUGAUUCACUUUUUAAAAAAUGGGUUAUUACAAAAUGACAGAUUCAUUGCUUCAUAACUAAUCAUUCCUGAUGUUCAAGAAUAAGAAAAUAAAUUCAUGUUGACUAUCACACUAGAGAAUUUUGUUUAUAUGUCAUUUAAGACUAAGAAAAAAGUAAACAUUAUUGUAAUCAUAUUUUAGGUAUGGAUUAUCUAGACAAUAGAUAUUACUCAUUUGGAAGAAGUUCCAUCAGGUAUUAAAAUUUAAGUUAAUAAACCUCAAAAACAAUUAAAAGUAUUAAUUAUAUAUAAAUUAGAAUAAAUAUGUGACAUAGAUACAAAUAAAAGGAGAGUAAAAAAUUAAUAUAUUAAAAGUCAUGUAAACAGUUUGGGAAUAAAAUAGAACAAAUCAAAAGUGA